AUGGUGUCUGUUUCCAAUCCUGUCUACUAUCCCUCGUCCCCGGAAACACCUAACUGGCUUGAUGCCAUGUUUGGGGACAAGGUAUUGAUUGACCCACGGACCUUCAAAGUCCACAACGCCUUAGGGGCUCCUCUAGUCCGAUUCACUGAGCCUAAAAUGUUGACUCGUCGAAACCUGAAAAAACUAGGCCGCCGAUCAAACUGUUUUCCCUUUUACAUGUGGGUCGAAAAUACAAUCUUCAUGAUUCAGACGAAUAAAUACGAGCCUGUCCCCGUUGACAACAUUAAAAACGAGGACACUGAAUUGUCUGAUUCCGACGAAACAACAUUUGAGGGUGAGGCUCUUACCCUCUCCAACUCGAGGCCGUUCCUCCUUACCCCAAGCAGAGUUCACAGAACACUCUGUUUGAAACUCAUUUACAAACCCGCAAUCAGGGUUCCUUUAAUCCGGACUUGA